AUGGCCACGGGACAGCUUCUGCCUUGGGCAUUGGCUGCUGCACUCUUUGGCGCAGGCCAAUGGUGUUUGUUUAUCCAAACGAAUUUUGUGACCAAUCGUGGAAUGGCCAUGAAGACGCUCAAGUUGAGAGAAAGGGCUUCUGGAUGUGCUCGAGCAGCUGGCAGCUCGAGUCUGACGCCGAUCGUCACUCACUUUGGUGUCAACACUUUGGCUCUGGAAAUUGCUGGUCAAAGACUUCUGAUGGAUCCGCUUCUGGUUGGCAAGCUGGUCUUUUGGGGCCAGAGCUGGGCUUUUCGUGGAAGCCGACGAUAUGAGUUCUUGACACCGGAGGAUGUCCGGGAGAGCUUUGAUGCAAUCGUGAUUACACAGAGUUUGGACGACCACUGUCAUCGUCCAACCCUUGAAAGAAUCGAUCGCAGGAUGCCCAUCAUCACCAACCCCAGUGCAGCCAAAACAGUGCAAAGACUUGGAUAUCAACCCUCCACGUUGAGGCCUGGAGAGUCAUUGAUGCUGGGGCACCUUUGCAUCUCUGCCAUUCCUGGGAGUGUGGUGGGCCCUCCAUGGCAAGACCCAGAGAAUGGAUAUGUCUUCACUGACACCCGUCGUGGCGGUUGGUCAAUAGGCACUGAACCACAUGGGAACUUCUUUGGGCCAGCACUUGGAACGUCCUUCAAACGCCUGCCAAGCGCACCCCGUCAGCCCUUGGACGCUCUCAUUUUGCCGCUGCGGGCACAGCAGAUCUCUGGGUACAGGUUGGUCAAUGGUGUGCAGGAAGCCGCAGACACAUUGGAAGCUCUGGAUCCAGUUCCCCGUUUUCUUUUGCCAUUGCCGAAUGCAGAGAUUGACGCAUCAGGCCUCUUGGCCGAACAGCUCAAGGAGGAUGGCUCGGUGGAAAGCUUCCGGGAACAGCAGCGAGAAAGACCGAAGCUGCGUCAAGUGUGCUUGCUGGACAGGGGAAGUGAGAGCAGUGAGAAGUGGGGUGAGUCUGCUCUUGACCUGCCAGGCUAUCAGCAGGACCAGCUAGGACUCUGGUACCUGAUCGGCGAAGACCGCAAUGGCAUCCACCGCUCGAUGGUUGAGAUCACGCCAUCACUGCAGGGCUACUUUGCAGCUCCACGACUGAAGAGUGGCCGAAGGAUGGGCCUGGUGCUAGUGCAUGAUAUUUCCGGUUUUGCUGCACCCAACUGGAAGUACCAUGUAGACUAUUGGGCCCAACGGGGCUUUGAAACUCUCAUGCCAGAAUUCUUUUCCGAGGUCAAACCUCCCGCUGGUGCUCAGCAAGAAGGCUUUGAGAUCUCCAUCGACCUGUGGGAGAAGAUAUACUCCCAGGCGUGGAUUCUGAGAGAAAGGCCCGCGAGAGCCGUCCUCGAAAGUAUCGCCUUUUUGCGCAAAGAGGGAUGCAUCCGAUUUGGCCUUCUCGGCUUUGGUUGGGGUGGCUUGGCUGCAGAGCGAUCUGCACAAAUGGGACACUUUGCUGCAGCGGUUUCAGUGGAUGGCUUGGGUCAUUCAGCUGUCACGUACAAUCUGGUCAAAGACACCUCCCCGCACACUGCGAUGUUGUACGUCUUGGGCGAUGAGGGCCAUAGCGCGUGUUUGAGCACAGCUGCCGCUGAAAACAUUGUGGCAGCUGGUGGCAGGGUCGAAAUUUUAGAGGGUGUGGCGCCGGGAUUUUUGGCGUCUGACGAGAUGGGAGAUGAGGCUGCGAACAAGGGCUUGCAGCUGAUAGAGGAGGUAUUUAGUCAGGCUUGCUUGCAAAAGCCUACGUUCAAAAAGCUGGGCACCUUGCACCCUGAUGCUCGAGGCGACGUGCUUGUGAAGGUUCUUGCAGAAGCCGAAGCAGUCGAGAGAGAUGGCACGAAGUUCUUUGAGGUGCUUUGUGGAGAUGAGACUGCUCAGGUGAUCCUGUGUUUGCAAGAGUCGCAGUUGACCGAUUCCGUUCAGCCGGGCAAGGUUCUGGCUGCAAGGAACUCUUCGAUAAGGAUGGUGGAGGGGUUCAUGCGCUUGACCAUCGAUGAAUUGGGCAAGCUUGACGUUGAGGUCAAGAGCAUCGAAAAGAUUGGGAAGACCAACCUCUCGCAGAUUGAGUACGAGCUUGUGGAGACAUAA